CCUUAAGAUAGUUACUAAAUUUUCAGUAGAUCUUUUGUUUUCUAUAUAUAUUUUUUAGGACACUCUUUGCUCACUAUUCAGACUCUAGCUAGAGAUCUCAAUUUUCUUAUCACCAGUUUCUUAAGUAAGUUUUAAGACUUUGGACAUUGUUGCAAUAAGAAGUUAUUAGGAGCUAGCUUCCUAGCAUUUCCAGUGCUGAACACAAGACAGCAGAAGAAAAUGAUGGUAAGGGAGGGAGAGAUGAAUUGGCAACAAGGGGAGGUGGAAUCGUUGCAGCGGGAGGAAGAAGCGAUUAGAAACGAUGUUAACAAUGUCAUGUCUUCGUCGCUCGGAAGACAGUCAUCGUCGAUAUAUUCGCUCACCUUGGACGAGUUUCAGCAUAGUUUAUGUGAGAGUGGGAAGAAUUUCGGGUCGAUGAAUAUGGAUGAGUUUCUGAGUAGUAUUUGGAAUGCAGAAGAAAACCAACAACAAGGUGCUUCGAAUAAUAAUAACAACUUGUCUGUGAUUCAGAAGGGGAUUAGUAAACAGGCGAGUCUUCCUCGCCAAAAUUCGUUGUCGAUUCCUGCACCUCUUUGCAGGAAGACUGUAGAACAGGUUUGGUCUGAGAUACACAGAGAACAACAGCAACAGCAAAACCUCCAUCACAGCAAUGUUGCUCAUAAUACCGAGUCUACUCCUCGACAACCGACUUUUGGAGAGAUGACAUUGGAGGAUUUCUUGGUGAAAGCAGGUGUGGUUAGGGAACAACAGUCUGCCAUGCAGGUUCCAAUAGUACCUCCUGCAGUAUCAUCUCACCGGCCGCAGCAGCAUUACACUGCGAUGUAUCCGAAUAACACAGCUACAAUGGCUCAGGCUGCUCCUUUUGCUAUUGGCGGAGGCGGUGGGAAUGUGGUUGUGCCAACUUACCAAGCGGUGGCUCAGGGUGGUGGGGCAAUCGGAGAGCCUUCGGGUUCAGGCUAUGCUGCGACUGGUAAAAGAGAUAAUAUAGGUACUGGAUAUCCAGCACCACCAGCCGUUUGUUACGGAGGGAGAGGAGUAGGCGGUUAUGGAGUGCCAGUGGCACAAACUAUGGGAAUGGGCGGACCAGUUAGUCCGGUUUCGUCCGACGGGAUUGGUAAUGAAAAUUCGGGUGGUCAAUUUGGACUUGACAUGAGUGGCUUAAGAGGAAGAAAGAGGAUGGGUGAUGGUCCUGUUGAAAGGGUAGUGGAGAGAAGGCAGAGGAGGAUGAUUAAGAAUAGAGAGUCAGCAGCAAGAUCUAGAGCCAGAAAACAGGCAUACACAGUUGAAUUAGAAGCAGAACUGAACCAGUUAAGAGAAGAGAAUUCUCAACUGAAACAAGCACUGGCCGAACUCGAGCUGAGAAGAAGACAGCAGUGUUUAGAGGAAACAAACACGACGGUUCAAACCAAAGCUCAGAAAGCAAGAGAGAAACUGAGAGGCUUAAGAAGGAAUACAAGUUGUCAUCUGUGAAGAAGUCAUCACAUGUUGCAUGAGUGCAUCUUCUUGUGUAGUUUAACUGAGAAAAGUGCACAUGAUGCAGAACAAGAACCAAGAAGAAGAAGAGUACUUAAGUCAAAACCAGUUAAAAUAAAAGAGACAGAAACAUCUAAUUUGGAUGGUCAUGUGAAGUUUGUUGUCAUUGAACAAAUUUUCAACUGUGUGCAAGGAUUGAAUCAUCUAAAUUUGGAUGACUCUUUUCAACUGAUAUAUAACUAGUUACUCAGAUUUGUACAAUAUAGUAGUUAAUGUUUGAAGUUAACUUCUUA